AUGGGGCGCAGGGGAGCCGCGCCCGCGGCCGAAGAGGGCACCGCGGACCUAGUAUCGGUCGGUCAGAUGCUUUCCAAGCCGAAGUUCGACAGGGACGCCGCACUAGAGGGCCUCGAGCGGGCUGCGGCGUGCUUGCGCAGAGCGGCACAGGGGGACGCCAGGGUCCAGAAGGCGUCCGUGGGGCUCGAGCGGGCGCUGAUCUCCAAGCACGUUCUCGAGCACUGCGACAAGGGAGUCCGCACGCGCGCGGCGCUCUGCGUUGCGCUCACGCUCAAGCUUCACGCGCCGGACUGCCCGUACACCGACGCUGAGCUCGAAACGGCGUUCGACCUCGUCGCGUCGACCUUCUCCGCGCUCGAGGACGCCUCCAGGCCGCUCUACGGCGAGUCGCUCGCGGUGCUGCACCUCCUGGACACACUCAAGAUGCCGCUCCUGCUGCUCGACCUCGAGACCCCCGACGCCGCCGUGUCCCUCGCGCGCACGCUCCUGGACUCGAUCACGGACGCCAGCGGCGCGGAGGUCCUCGAGCGCGCCGGCCGCGUCCUGGCCGCGCUCGCCGACGAAGGCGCGGACUUUGCGGGCCUCCCGGCGCUGCUCGAGACGCUCCUCGUGCACCUCGUGCCCCCGCGCCGCACGGAGUCCCCGCAGGCCGCGGAGGUCGUCCGCGACGUGCUCGCGCGCUGCGAGGCCACCCUGGGCCCGCCGACGGCGGCGCUCCUCACCGGGGUCGUCGCGCGGGCGCCGUCGGCGCGCGGCGUCGCGCCGGAGCUGCGCUCGCACGUCACGGAGCUGCUCUUGGAGCUGCACGCCACGUCGCAGCCGAUCCUGCUUCCCAUCGUCGCGGCGCUGAAGCCGGAGCUGACGUCGGAGGCGGAGGACGCGCGGCGGGGCGCGGUGGCGCUGGUGGGGCGGCUGCUCGCGUCCGGCGGCGGCGAGAUGGCGGCCGCGUACCCCGACCUGCUCGAGGCGUGGGCGCGGCGCGGGGUGGACCGCAGCGCCGCGGUGCGCCUGGCGGUGCUGGAGCAGGGCCGCGCCGCGCUGUGCGGCGAGCAGGCGGCGCUCGGGGAGGCGGGCAGGGCGGGGAAGGGCGCGUCCGGGAGCGCGUGCGCGGAGCUGCGGGCCGCGGCGUGGCGGGUCGCGCGGGACCGCGUCCUGGACGGCGACGAGGGCGUGCGGGCGCUGGCGGUGCGCACGGUGUGCGACGCGGCGGCGGGGGGCGCGCAGGGCGGAGAGGCGGACGACGCGCUCAGGGCCGUGGCGGAGCGCCUGCGGGACGUGCGUCCGGGCGUGCAGGGCGAGGCGGCGCGCGGCCUGCUGCGGGUCUACCGGGCGCGGGGGUGCGCCGCGGUGGCGUGGGUGCCCGGGGCGGUGGCGGCGUCGGCGGUGCGCGUCGCGGAGGUGCGCGCGGCGCUCGAGGCGGAGCCGCUGUUCCCCGCGGCGGUCCCGGCGGAGGCGGUGGCGCGGCGGUGGGUGGAGGUGUGGCAGGCGAGCGGCGCGGUCGAGCGGUCGGCGCUCGCGAGGCUGCUGCGGGUGCGCACGCGGGUGUGUGGGGACAUGGCGCGGCUGCUGGAGGCGCGGCGGGCGGUGCGCGAGGCCGCGGGGAGCGGCCGGGGCACCAAGGCGGCGACGCUAGCGGCGGGCGCGGACGCGGGCGACGUGGCGCGGCGGCGCGCGGCCGAGGCCGAGGUGGCGGCGCUCGCGCAGCGCGUGGCCGCGGGGCUGCCCGUGGGCGAGGCGGCGGCGCUGGUGCGCGUGCUGUCGACGCACCUGGACCGCAAGCUCUUCAUGGCGCUGGGGCGGUUCUGCGACCCGGACCUGACGGCGGCGGCGGCGCGCGACGCGACGACGGAGACGAUCCAGCGGUGGUCGGCCGCGGGGCGGUCGGACGCGGCGGCCCGGGCGGCGCUGACGGGCCUGUGUCGCCGCAUGUCGCCGGUGCUGCUGGCGGCGCCCCACGUGGAGGCGCUGGUCGCGCUCGCCGCGCAGGAGGACGGCGAGGCGACGUGCGGGGCGCUCGUGGAGGUCGCGAGCGCGCUGCCGGACGCGGUCGCGGCCCGCCGCGCGCUGCUCGUGCCGCUGCUCGCGGAGAGCGCGGGCAGGCCACGCAGCGCCGCGCUCGCGACCGCAGCGUGCCAGGCGCUCGCGAACGCGAUGCGGGGGCGCACGGCGACCGCGCGGCGCGCCGACGCGGAGCAGCAAGCGGACGGCGACGACGAGGGGGGGUCUGAUCGCUCCGCGCCCGACACCGACGACCCCGGCCGCCGCGACGGCGACAUCUGCGACCUGCUCGGCGCGCUGUGCGGCGGCAGCGACGCUCGCGUCGUCAAGCACGCCUGCAGGGCCCUCGCGUCCUUCGCAGCCGCGGAGGCCCACCGCGGUCCGGACCAGCCCCCGCUGUCAGGCCGCGCCGAAGAGACCCUCGGCGAGGUCCUCCGGGACGCCGCCGCGCACGUGUCGUGCUGCAGGGACCCCGCACACGACGCCCGCGUGCCGGCCAGCUACGCCGCGAUCGGCGCCGGCGCGCGGCUGCGCCCCGACCUCUACGAGGACGUAGCGCAGGAGGUGGGCGACGCCGUGCUGGGCGGGGGGCUGUGGCGGCACGCGGACCGGCGGCAGCGCGCGCCGGGCAGCGCCGAGGACGCGGCCGGGCCGUCCCGGCCGGCGUCGGCGCUCGCGGCGGGGCUCAGGCGCUGA